AAAAAAUAAAUAAAAAUAAUAAUAGACAGUGUUUUCUAGAGUCGUAAUUCAGAAUAGAAAAUAAAAUGACUAAAAAUCCAGUUGAACAAUUAACAUCAGAGUUUGAUAUAAACGAUGCACCAUUAAGUGCUCGUAAUCUGUUAACUAGAGGACACAUUCAAGAUGAAAUUACACAGAUAUCAGGAUGUGCAGUGACAACUCGUGGUCGUUAUAUGACUCCGGUGGAACGAUUAAAAAAUACGAAUGAACGAGCUCUUUAUCUGUAUAUACAAGGUCCAAAUAAAGCCAGUUUAGACAUUGCAAUACAAAAAAUUGAUGAAAUUAUUCGCACUGAACAAAUGAACACAAAUAAUGGCCCCAACAAUAGUAACACCAUGAAACAAUAUCGUAACAGUAAUCAAUCACAUUACCAAAUGCCUACACCACCGACGGUAACAUCCGUUGAAAAAGUUUAUGUAGGAAUUGAAAAUGUAUCACCGGGUUUUGAUUUACGAGGCAAAUUGAUUGGAGUACGUGGUACAAAUUUAAACUACAUCCGUAAUGAAACUGGCGCAAUUGUUACGUUGCGUGGAAAAGGUUCAUUAUUUAUUGAUCCACAUUUAGGUACAGAAUCCACUGAACCGUUACACUUAUACAUUGAACAUUCAAAGUAUGAAGGGCUUACCGUUGCUAAACAAUUAGCACUGAAUUUAAUUGAAACUUUACAACAGGAAGUAGCUCAACUCCAACCUCAAGUUGUUAUUCAACCUCAAACGCAGUUACAGAUUUAUUCAAAUCAACAAAUAUAUCCAGGAGCUCAACAAAAUACAACAUCACCGAAUAUUAUUAAUUUUAAACCAAAUGCACCCCCUCCACAGUUAAAUAUACCACCUCCAGGUGUUCAUAUUCCACAAGGUCCGUUAAUUACUCAAACACCACCGAUUACUCUGUUAAAUACUACUGAUAUGGUUGGAAAUGGAGGUCUAGGUAUUACUGGCGGUAACAACAUGAUUAUUACAAAUACAGGCGGACAAUUAAUGCAAACCACAAAUCAAUCAUCAAUGAUCUAUAAUAAUGGUAACAAUCCAUACCAAACGUUACAAUUUCAAAUACCAACGAGUUCAGCGCAAACGCAAUUACGACCACAACAAUUUGAUCAACAGCAACAGCAGCAUAUUGAACAAGGACAACAGCAUAAUUUUAAUCAACAGAAUAAUCAGUUAAUUACGCAAUUAAUACCAACUCAACAGAUGAUACAAAGUGUGCCGCCCCCACCGAAUACGGGGACACAACAAAUAAUCGGUGGAAGUAAUGGUGCAGUUGGGCAGCAACACGGCACAGUUGUUACAGUUCCAAUGCAUUCACAAUUCCAAAUUCAACAGCCUGGUACUACAACAACACAAUUACAGGUGAAUCCUCAAACCGGUCAACUGCAACAAAUUAACACAACAAUGAUACCAACAUCACAACAUCAUCAAGUUGCAUUUCAAAUACCAAUACAACAACAACAACAAAAUGGUGGACAACAAUACAUUCAACAACAAUCACAAUUAUUAUUACAAUCAACAAAUCAACAACCACAACAAACAAUUCAGUUACAACAAACAAAUCAACAACAAAUUCAUCAGAUACCAAUACAAACAACUGGCGGCGCUACUGUUGCCAAUACAGCCACCAUACAACAACCAAUGACAAUACAACAGCAUCAACAGCAAAAUCAACAAUAUAUGACGCAAGGUGGUGGACAUCAUCAAAUUUAUGCAACACAACAAGGUUUAGUUUUAUUACAACAAAAUUCAACAGUGCAGCAACAAAGUAUAUCGAAUUAUACGACCACUAUACAACAAGAUCAACAUACACAUGGUACACAUCAAAUACCAAUUGUUACAGCAAAUAUUAAUCAACAACCGUCAACAAUUAAUCAACAAUCAACAACAAUUAAUUGUAUACAACAGUCACAGCAUGAUCCUACCGGUGUGACUACAAUACAACAACAAAAGACAUCGUCUACAGAUCAUUUAAUAUUGGAACAAAUGAAUCAACAGCAUCAUACUGUUAUGAGUGCUGGGGCGAACCAUCAUCAUCAAGGAAGUGGGGGGAUUAUACAACAUAAUCAAACAGGACAAUUAACAUUGACUGCUGCGGAUCAUCACACAAAUCAAACAGUUGCAACAGGAACGUUUGGUGGAAAUAAUCAGUUGCAAUUAUUUCAACAAUCCCAACAGCAUAUUUUAUGCGAUCAAAAUACGACACAAAAUCAACAUCAAGAUUUACAACAAUCAACUAAUAUUCAACAGCAACAUAAUUCAAUACAAUUUAUCAAUCAAAACCUUCAACAAAUACAUCAACAGCAGAACGAUUUACAAAAACAAAAUGUACAACAUCAACAAUCGUAUUUAUUUAUGCAGCCCACAAUACAAACAAACAAUCAGCAACAACAUCAAAUUACAGGCCUGACUACAUCCGGUGACGGUCAUCCAGCUGAUCAACAACACCAAAUUACAUUUAUCCAGAGUGGUACACCGUUGACAUCAGCAAAUGGCCAACAAAUACAAUUUCAAUCAACAUUCCCAAUUUCCAUUCAACAAAUACCGUCAUCUUCGAUAGGUGGCGGAAUCAUAAAUACUUCGAAUACAAUUACGACAGCAACAUCUUCGAUAGCAUCUGGUGAACAAUUAGAUAAUGCUACGCUAAUACAACAACCUAUUGAUAAUAAUAUGAUACAAAUAAAAGAAGAGACAGUGAUACCUCCAUCUGCGCCUUCCACUGGUAAGAAAAGAAAAUUGUCUGAAACAGAUAAUAAUACAUCAUCUUCAGCUGGUAGUGGCGGUGAAAUGAUGACAGGCAAUGGUAUUACGAAAAAUAAUUUGAUAUCGUCGGCAGCAUCUUCAACGGCAGAAUUAUCAUCAUCGUCUUCGCCAACUAUGAAAAAAUCUGGUGUUGGCAUUGAUCAAAUGCACACAGGAAAACCGCAGCAGGCGACAUCAAAUAAUAAUUAUAAUAAUCAACAAAAAGGGAAUUUAACACAAUGUUCUUCUUCAACAAAUACUAGUAGCAUAACAUCGUCAUCGACAGUGGCUGUUGCUGCAGGUAAUCAAAAAAGUCAAGAGAAAUCAUCACCUCAAAGGCAUCUCUCAAAUCAACAAUGGUCUCAAUCGAAUAAUGGGAAUAAUAAACCUCCAUCACAAAUAUCCUCUGGCGUUGGAGGUAUUAUGUUACAAGAUGGUAAUAAAUGGCAAAAUAAUCAACAAUGGAUGUCACUUACAACAAUGGCGGUAACAACGACUUCCACAUCGCAGCCAACAAAUACAAAUGGGGGACGCCAACAAAAUAUGGCAAAUCCACCACAAGUACAACAAAUUAGACCAAAUUUUAAUCAACAGAAAUAUCAACAAUAUCUGCCUGGUAACCAAUUAGCUCCAACUACACCUGGUCUUAAUACAGGAUACCAACAAAAAAAUAAUCAACAAAGAAUGCACUAUAACAACAAUCAAAUUAACAUGCAACAAGUACCAACAACUUUAGCAUCGUCGAGGGUCGCACCGUAUCCUAGUGCAACAAUUGCUGGGAACGUAAAUACAAAUCAACAUUAUUUACAAACAAUGAAUUCUAGGGCACAGCAGCAACAACAAGGCAAUUGGCAACAGCAGCAACAACAUCCAAAUUCCCAAUUUAAUAAUCCAUCUCAACAAACUGGCGGAUGGAUGUAAAAUAAAAUAUAACAUUGAAAAGAUUUGCUUAGUCCAACAAUGGAAAUUCCACAAGUGAGAUCGCUAUUUACAAAUUUUAAGUAUGUUCGAAAAAAUAUCAGGUUUACGUCCACGCAUUAAGAGCUUAUUAUAAAAUGCUGUUUUUAAAUGUUUAAAAAAUAUGUUUUUUUUUAAUUUUAAAUUUAAAAAUGAGUUUGUUUUAUAUAAUGAAAGGAUAGAAAUUUGGCUAAAAAUUACUGGACGAAUUAAUUUUUCUUAAAUGGUCUCGCACAUUCAUGUUGAUUUAAUAUUUAAAUGUAUGAAUAAGUUAAAUUUGAAUGAUGGUCUCACUUAUAUAAAUCACCCCACAUUUA